AUGCUCUUCAGAGCCACCUAUCGAUUCUUCAAACGAAAUUUUGGAGAUAGCCAUGAGCGUCAAGACGAGCUCGAGCCUCGCUCCACAGUCAAAUCUGAACACUGGAGGUGGCUGUUGACAUUGUCUGUUUGUCUCGCCGUGCCAGUUCUGUUAGAAACGCUUGAUUAUACGGUUGUGGCGACCGCGCAGCCUCACAUCGCUUCCGCUUUCAACCGACUAGAUCUCCAGAGUUACAUAGGAACCGUCUAUUUGCUCACAUCGACGGCCUUCCUCCCAUUAUUUGCCUCACUUUCCGAUGUUUUCGGCAGACACUUCGCCCUACAGCUCUCGUUGUUUAUCUUUAUGAUAGGGAGUGCCAUCAGCACCGGUGCGUUGAAUAUCGAGACUAUGCUCGCAGGCAGAGCAGUAGCGGGCGUCGGCGCGGCCGGGUUACUUACUAUCGUUCGGGUGAUCAUCUCUGAUUCAAGAUCGCUGGACAGCAACAACUGGCAGACUACUUUGCUGUUCUUCCUUUACACGAUCGGAUAUGUCAUUGGUCCCGUUAUAGGCGGAGGCCUGCUCAUAUCGAUCUGCCUCUUCUGGGAGUGGUUCUUAGAGAGCCAACGUACCGAUACCGCAAAAGUGAACUUGUUAGCCGUGUUCCUUGCCGAGCCGAUGAUUCCACUGGAGAUAUUCACGUCAUACGAUGUGUGCGCUGUUUUAGCUGCGUCAUUUGUAUCGGGGAUGGUGAUGAUUGUCAUGCUCUACUUUGUCGCCAUCUUUAUGACCAUUGCUACUGGUUUAUCUGCCACGAAUGCAGGCGGAGGCGGGUCAUUGCUGUCGUCUCUCAUGAUCAAACAUCUGCGCCAGCCGAAGUACCCAAUCCUAUUCGGUGGCCUACUCCUCCCCAUCGCGCUCGGUUUGAUCUCGCUGGCAAUGCAACAGGAUAAGCAGAAUCUCGUCAAAGGAUUUAUGGUUCUGGCUGGUGUCGGUAUCGGUGUAGCGAUAGGCCCCUUAGCCAUCCACGCGCGAUUCUCCCAGCCACCAGAACGCUUGGCGAUUGUUUCUGCAAUGCUGCUUUUCUUUCGGUCGCUCGGAGGGACCAUCGGCCUGGCUCAGUGCGCUGCAGUACUCAAUGCUAAAGUCCGUGUCUAUCUUCAAGACGCGGUAGCAUCGGGCGCAGUCUCCGCAGAACAUGCAGCAGCCCUCGCGUCGAUCUCUGGUAGCGGCGGGUUGGGUUCCAUCCAGGAGAUAGACAUCCUACCACCGGAUGUCCAGGAAUUAGUGAGGAAUGGGUUUAGGAACGGCGUGAGAUGGGCAUUCAUCUCGUUGAUACCAUGGGCGGUGGUUGCUUUCGUCUUGACAGUGUUCUUGACAAACAUUAGGGGUACAGAUGCGGAGGAGGAGCCGGAUGUUCUUAAACGCGAAGAACAUCAUCUACGACACAUUUCUCCGCGAUCGGACAAUUGA